AUGUCCUCCAGCUCCCCCUUUUCUGAUCUGAAAGACACCCCAGUCAUCUCUUCAGACUUAAAGAUCAGAGAGGAAGAUGAAGUCAGCUGGAUUCAGAUGCAGUCUCUUCUCACCAGCUCUGUCACCCUGGUUCUGACUUCCCAGGACUCUGCCCUUCCCCAGAAGGAGCAGGAGAAGAUGACCAAGUUUCAGAUUUCACAGCCAUGUGAGAUUCACAAGCUGCCAGGCUAUAAACCCUUCAAACUGGGUAUGAUGUUGCCAUGGGGAAGAGAGGAGAAGCUUUGGAUGAUGGAGGCAGAAACCAAAGAAGAUGAGAGUUCAGGAUGCAGGGGUCAAAAUGAGACAGAGACUCUCCAAGAAGUAGGGUUAAGAUACCUUUUACAUGAAGACCUUACAUGCUGGCAAAUAUGGGAACAAUUGACAAGUAAAUUAACCAGAAAUCAGGACUUUAUCCUAAGUCUUCAAGGCAAGAGGUCUGAGUUGCCAAGAAAAGGUGAUGCMCAGGUGUGGACAGGAGCCUCUGUUCCAGUUCCUGGAGAUGAGAUCUGUGUAGUGAAGCUUCACAGGGAGAGUUCCAAUAGUGUCAAAAAGCAAGAGUUUCCAAUUAGGACCACCUGGGAUUUCUGAAGAAAAAUGAAUGUGGAAGAAUCUCAGAAUUACCAGAGAAGAUGCCAUCAAACUGACAUAAAAAAUAAACUGUGUCAAUGUGACUGUGAUGACCAGGAAGCACACAAAGGAGAGGAAGCUUCUAGCCCCAACRAUGGCAGAAAAGAAUUCAUGAAGAAAUCACCCCAGCAUAGGGUCAGACCCUCACAAGAGCAAACCUCCCAUGAGGAUGGAAAAGGCUUCAGUGUUGGCUCUGACCUUGACCUUCCCCAGCAGUUGCCCUUGGGAGAGAAGCCCCUUGUGUGUACUGAGUGUGGGAGGACCAUGCAUCAUAGCUUGUUGCUGACCUUGCAUCCGAGCACUCACCUGGGUGGAAGACACUGCAGGAAUGAGAAUGGUGAGGGCUUUGGUCUGAGCUCCUGCUUACAGACUCAUCAUGUCCACCCAGGAGAGGAGCCCUCCAAGUGUCAGGUGUGUGCUCAGAGCCUCAAUGAGAACUCCUCUCUUCCAAGUCAUGAGCGGCCAGGAGAGAAGCUGGACCCCUGUGAGAGAGUCCUCCCCAGAGACAAAACAUGAAGUUGGGAGGCAUGUGAGAGGGGACAUAACCAGGAUCCUGCUCUCCAUCCGAGAGUCCACACUGGAGGGAAGCCAUCUACAUGUGAGGUAGGCCAUAAGGGCUUCAGUAAGGCCUCAAACCUUCAUGCUCAUCAGAGAAUUCACACUGGAGAGAAACCCUACAGAUGYGAUGUGUGUGACAAGAGCUUCAGCCGGAAUUCUCACCUUCAAGCCCAUCAGAGAGUCCACACGGGAGAGAAGCCCUACACGUGGGAGGUGUGUGGGAAGGGCUUCAGUUGGAGCUCGCAUCUUCAGGCCCAUCAGAGAGUGCACACAGGGGAGAAGCCCGACAGAUGUGAGGAGUGUGGAAAGGGCUUCAUCUGGAACUCAUAUCUCCAUGUUCACCAGAGGAUCCACACAGGGGAGAAGCCCUAUAAAUGCACCCUGUGUGGGAAGAGCUUCAGCCGGACCUCACAUCUGCAGGCCCAUAGGAGAGUCCAUACUGGUGAGAAACCACACAGAUGCUUUGUGUGUGGGAAGGGCUUUAGUCAGAGUUUGUCUUCARGUUCAUCCGAAAGUCCACACUGGCAAUAA